CGCCUGACAGCCAGAAAUAAUAACCGUCUCUCAUACCACCACCACCAUAGACCUAAAACUCGCUCGCGUCAACUUCGCCCAGUCUGGACCUCCCUGUUACGCAGAUCCGGUUGAACGUCAAAUUCGGACUUGACUGAAGAGGCUGACUGAAUUUCGGACGGUGUUUUCUGGUUAGUCCGAUAGAUCCAGGUACCAGCAACAGAAAUGUCUUUUAUACUUGACUGGCUCUAUAGAGGAUUCAGCAAUGUUCUACAGUUGCUUGGUCUCUACAAAAAGACGGGAAAACUUGUAUUCCUUGGUUUGGAUAAUGCAGGGAAAACAACAUUAUUGCACAUGCUUAAGGAUGAUCGACUUGGCCAGCAUGUCCCAACUCUACAUCCGACCUCAGAAGAGUUGACCAUUGCUGGGAUGACAUUCACAACAUUUGACCUGGGUGGCCAUGCACAAGCAAGACGAGUUUGGAAGAAUUACCUACCAGCCAUUAAUGGAAUUGUCUAUCUUGUGGACUGUGCUGACCUUGAGCGCCUAGUUGAAGCUAAAAUUGAACUUGAUGCCCUCUUAACGGACGAGACCAUCUCAAAUGUCCCCAUACUCAUUUUGGGGAAUAAAAUCGACCGCCCAGAGGCUAUAAGUGAAGAUGCACUAAGAGGAAUGUUUGGCCUUUAUGGCCACACAACUGGAAAGGGAAAGGUGAACUUGAAAGAACUGAACUUGAGGCCAAUGGAGGUGUUUAUGUGCAGCGUGCUGAAGAGACAGGGUUAUGGUGAAGGCUUCAGAUGGCUUUCUCAGUACAUUGAUUGAUGUUGCCAGAUCUAAUUGAAUUUGUAGCAUCUGUCGUAUCUUAUGUAUUUUCCUGAGUAUGGAGAAGCCCCUACCUAAAGCAGUAUCACAUUUAUUAUUGUAUUAUAGUACUAAUUAUUAUUGCAAAAAGUUUUAAUGAUGAUGUAUAUAGCCUAUGGCAAUUUCUGUACAACCAACAUGCAGUUCAGAACUACAACUCUAAGAGUUAAUGGAGUGUGCAGCCAUCAAUGUCAUUGUCUAUUUACAGGGUAAAACAAAUAAUCACACCAAGGCAGUUUACAUGGCUGGAGUUAUUUUUAGGUGUUCAUAUAGAGUUACAGGGAGACAAGUAUCUCACAUGCUGUGUAGCUUUUUUCUUUUGUGCCUGUUAUGACUGCCAGCACAUCACUCGCCCUGCCAAAGACAAUUACUGUGCCUUCAAAAUAUGUAUUUUACAACAUGCUUGAAAUAUCUAUCUUGAUAUAUACUUGUACUAUCAUUAGCCUUGUUUGAAAAAUUAAUUGUUUGAAAUAGCAUCCCAGUAAUAUUUAUUACUAUUUAUUUUUGUGACAUGGAACAAUAUACUUAGUAUUAAGGUUUUAUUUACUCAUCCUGUGAAUAAGACUUCAUUCAAUAAGGCCACUGAAAGCCACACAAUCCUUAAGAUACAACCGGUCAGUGACAACAAUAUAACGGCGAGGCCUAAACUUAAUAUGCUGACAUGUGUGUCUGCCCAUGCUAAAGACCUCAUUUUAUUCUAGUGACCUAGAAAGGACUCAGGACGAACAGUUAAGUGUUACCUGGUUCCAGGUGCUGUACAUGCCAAGCAGUUCUCAUUAGUAGGCUAUUUGAGUUGAACGUAUUCUAUUUAUUUGUUUAUGAUGCAAGAUUUCUUUUUAUAUUUAUAUUUAAAUAUAAUUUUGGUCAAAAAUGCUUACUGUACACUGUAAAACCGUGUCUGAACUUCCAUAAGCAAAAGUAUUGAUAUAUAUAUAU